UACCAAUCUAUUGCUUGUUUUAUCUUGUUCUUCAUCGUAUUUAAUCAAAGUUAUUUAUCAAACACAUUUAGAAAAAUGGGAAGACCUUUCACCACCAGAGAACGUGAAUUGAUAAUCAAAUAUAUCGUAAGACAUAGAGAAUAUCAACGAUUAACAUCCGCCAAUUUAUGGAAAGAAAUGAACAUUCAAUUAAAUUUAAAUCGAACAUGGGAGUCGUUAAGAGGGCACUACAAACAUGUUUUAGCCCAUAAUUUGGAAGCAUUUGAAUUUUUAACGCCUGAACAAAUACAAAGUUUUAAAUAUAAAAGAUAUAUAGCUCCCACUCCACGAGCAGUUCCGAAGCCAUUAUCAUCAACUGCCGUUUCGUCAUCAAGAACUUCAGAUGAAAGAAUAAAACAGAUACAACAGAAGAGGGAAGUAAUUGAAGCUACAGUUUGUUUGAGAUGUAAACAAAAUAAGUUGGUUGCUAUCAAUGAAAAUGAAGGCAACUGUAUCAAAUGUAAUCUCAAACAUGAGAUUACAUUUGAAGCGAAUGAAAAGGAGAUUAAAGAAAUUCAAAUUAAAUAGAAUCUAUCUCAUUCAUGCUAAUCAAGAAAAAACUAAUGCAUUUCAAGAAAGAAGAAAUUCUAUUUAUUAGUUGUUUAUUACAUUAGCUUGUAAACAA